CAAACAAUCUGGGAUAGGCCUACUGCCGACCAGGCGACCACUGAUCAUCAUAGCCACUCGGGAAUUUGUUUUCAUUCAACUUUCAAUUACCAAUCAUCUUUCUGGAACCAUGGCCAACUCUGCUCCUUCCACCAACGCCGUUGUGGUGGUCACUCAUGUGCUCCCACAACAAGGAGCUCAAAGUUUCACUUCACCCCAGAACGGAAUUGUUUUAACUCCACCCUCUUCGCUCGGGACAUUCCUUAAAGGAGAACCAACUGCCAUGGGGACGGUUCAAAUAAUGAUUGGUGUGGUUGUAUUCUUGUUUGGAAUCGUGACGGCAUUUUUUGUAACAACAAUAUCCAAUUACUUUCGCAUCAUGUUCUGGGGAUCCAUCAUUUAUAUCACUGCUGGUUCUCUCACUGUUGGAGCUUCAAAGAAGCUCAAUCCUUGUUUGGUGAAAGCAUCACUGGGGAUGAACAUCUUCAGCACAAUAACAGCAGGACUUGCUAUAAUUGUCCAUAGCAUUGAUUUUGUUAUCCCAGUAUACCCUCGCGUAGGCAGUUGUGAUGAUGAUCAUGCUUACAGUUGCCUUAUGGGGAAAAUAUAUGUGAGCAGGGUACUGGGGAUUCGUGGAGUGAUGCUAGUGCUGUCAGUGCUGGAGUUCAUUGUUUCCAUCUGUGUAUCUGCGUUUGCCUGCAAAGCCACCUGCUGCACUAGCACUGAGGUGAUGUACAUUUCAAACCAGGUGCCACCCUCUGUGUCCACCUCCCACCUUUCUGCACCUCCCCUGAAUACUUCAGAGGCGCCUCGCUUCCAAAGCAGUGUGGUGCCUCCUGCUCAUCACAGCUGUGUUGAUGGCCUGAAGGUUGGUAGACCUGAAGAUCUGCCCCCAGAAUACACCGCUACCCAAGAAUGAGACAUAUGACCACAGAUACAGGGGGAUCUUUAUUUUUAAAACAAAAUAUAGGCCCUAGCCGUGGCGCCACUGGCUGGGGCCCCUGCACCGCACACCGGGCGACCCAGGUUCGAUUCCCGCUCCGUAGUCAUCAACUGUAUCUAUUCAAUUUAAACUGUAGCUAUUAGUAUACUCCAAGUGACUCCAUCCUGGGUUCUCUGAGAAUAAGGAAGAAGAAUAACAUGUACAGUAUGAAGUCUUAGUGAAAUUUGUAAUUCUAUUAAAUAUGCAACUGUUAAUAAUUGACAUUUAAUAUACUAUGUGUCUUUGGUUUCUUAGACUUUGGCAAGCUGAAUGAAUGUUAUAGCUAGUUAGCCUACAGAUUAUCUUGGAUGUUUGAGAGUUAAUAUCUUAUACUAUGACCAAACAAGAUCUCAGUAUGACUUACCAUGACAAGCUUGUUCUGUGUGCCUAUAGAUUUGAUAUAAGGUCCUAGAUUCAGAAGUGUAAGAGGAGUGAUAUUGAUUGUGUCACAAAUUCAUCUUUUGUACCCAAAUGGUAUUCACUAUUUUGUUAUGUUAUGUCAAAACAUGAAGUUGUUAAGGAUUAAAAAAGUGUAGUUGUA